UGUAAAUUGUCUGCAACCAGAAUAGCUGCCAGAAUGCCUCCCAUCAACCGACAACUCGUCGUCUACGACUUCGACUGGUCUAUGGCUGACCAAGACACCGAUCGCUGGGUAUUUGAAGUGAACGCGCCAAAUAUCCGACGGUGGAUGGAGGAGACUGAGACAGCUGGAUCGAUGCAGUUCACCGACAUGAUUGCAAAAGCCCUUCGUGAUGCACACGCUCAAGGAGUAACUCGCCAACAGCUCGAAGAUGCCCUCCGCGUUAUGCCCUUCCACCCCGCAAUGGUUCGUGCGAUUAUCAAUCUCAAAGCAACCGGUAGCACAACGUUUUUCUGUCUCUCAAAUGCCAACUCGGUCUACAUCUCGGUCAUCCUCAAGGAAAAAGGUCUCGAUAUGAUGUUUACUGAAAUAGUGACCAAUCCUGCACACUGGGACCCCUCAGGACUUUUAGUUGUCCGUCGACGCGUUGAUCCAGAAGGGCCCCAGCAUUCCUGCAAGAUAGGUUGCAGCGCAAAUAUGUGUAAAGGCGACGAGCUGGAAGCGUUCUUUACACGUCAUCUUCCCAUGUACGACCGUGUCGUCUAUGUCGGUGAUGGAUCAAACGAUUUCUGUCCUGCCCUUCGUUUGAGGACUCAAGAUCUCCUUCUUUGCCGCUCCUUUGGCGGGCUUCACAAACGCAUUGCCAAGGAAGGUGGCUUGCAAUGUGAGGUGAAAUAUUGGACAGGGGCUUGGGAGGUCGAAGAGAUUUUCCAGACUCUUGCAAACGCCUAG